AUGGCAACAGCCAAUGGAGGCACCGACUCAAUUGAAAAAGCUGAUGUCAAGGGAAGUAUUGGAGCUAUUCUAGACUAUAGCUCGCGCAUUGGAAAAGAAGAGAAGGUAGCCAUGGAGAUGGCUAUAGAGGAAUUCAACUCUCAGUACUCCAACCAGCAUAUUGACCUGCUGAUAAAUGACUCUCAAGGGGAACCCAUCCAAGCAGCACUUGCAGCACGGGAGCUUGUAUACAGGCAUCGAGUAAAAGCAAUUCUGGGGCCCCAAACAUGGGAAGAAGCAUCCUUAGUUGCAGAGGUUGGCAGUCAAGCUUAUACCCCCAUUCUUUCUCUUGCCUAUACAACUCCACAGUGGGCAACAGAAAGGUGGCCCUUCCUCAUCCAAGCCUCCGCAGACCAGUCUGCACAAAUGAAAGCCAUUGCUGCAGUUAUUGAGUCUCAGGAUUGGCAUCGGGUGACCGUAGUAUACGAGGACAUCCCGUCCUCCGCCACUGGAGCCGUUCUCCAACUCUCAGAAGCCCUGAAAGAUGUAGGAAUAGAAAUAGGCCACCUUCUGCCUCUCCCACCUUUGUCUUCUUCUUCUUCAUUGGUUGAAGAGCUCCAGAGUCUUAAAGAAGGGCAGUGUAGAGUGUUUGUGGUUCAUACAUCCUUGCAAUUGGGGGUUCACCUAUUCGAAACUGCCAAGAAGAUGGAGAUGAUGAAAGAGGGGUAUAUAUGGAUCAUUACAGACACCAUUUCCAGUCUUGUCCAUUCCAUAAAAGCCUCUACAAUCUCCUCAUCCAUGGAUGGAAUUGUAGGUGUCAAAAGCUACUUCAAUGAAAACACUCCCCAGUUCAAGAUAUUCCGGGGGAGAUUCAGGAGGAUGUUCAUCUCAGUACACCCUGACGAAGAAAAGAAUGAACCCGGGAUUUACGCAGCUAAGGCCUAUGAUGCCACUUGGGCUGCAGCUCUAGCAAUGACGGGAGGAAGGGGUACUGGCCAACAACUCCUAGAAAAAAUUUCAAACGGCCAAUUUGAUGGCUUAACUGGAAAGAUCCAAUUCAGCGAUCAGAAAUUAGCCCCAGCACAUAUAUUUCAGAUUGUCAAUGUUGUAGGGAAGAGUGAUAGAGAACUAGGGUUCUGGUCCGAGACAUCGGAGGAGGAGUCAGGUUUUUGGAGAGAUAGAAGAGCUCUGGCACAGGUGGUUUGGCCUGGGGGACCCAGGAAUACUCCAAGGGGAUGGACUCCUCCAACAGAUGAGAAGCCACUGAAGAUUGGCGUGCCCAGUGGGUCCACUUUCAAACAGUUUGUAGAAGUGAUACAAGAUGGAAAUAAUAUUUCUUUCAACGGAUUCUCAAUCAAUGUCUUCAAUGCAACUGUGGAACGCUUGCCAUAUGCUUUGCCACAUAAGUUGUAUGCCUUCAAUGGCACAUACGAUGAACUAGUGAGACAGGUUUAUUUAAAGAAAUUUGAUGCAGUAGUUGGAGAUGUUGCAAUAGUAGCCAAAAGGUUUGAGCACGCAGAGUUCACACAACCUUAUGCUGAACCAGGAUUGCAGAUGAUAACCCCAGUUCGAUCAAAAAGCAGCAAUAAAGCAUGGCUAUUCAUGAAGCCCUUCACAAGAGCCAUGUGGAUUCUAACAACAUUCAUAAAUGUCUACAACGGAUUCGUGGUAUGGUUGAUAGAAAGAAACCACUGCAAUGAGCUUAAAGGCUCAGUCCUCAAUCAAAUAGGAACCCUACUGUGGCUAGCUUUCUCAACACUCUUUUCUCUGCAUGGGGAAAAACUUCACAGCAAUUUGUCGCGGAUGGCGAUGGUGGUGUGGCUGUUUGUGGCACUAGUCAUCACACAGAGUUACACGGCGAACCUCACCAGCAUGCUCACUGUCCAGCAGCUUGAACCGACGGUAGCCGAUAUCGAGACGCUGAAGAGUAGCAACUCGAUGAUCGGGUACUGUAGGGGGUCCUUUGUGUCAGCAUACUUGAAGGAUGUCUUAGGUUUCAAUGAAAAAAACAUCAAGAAUUAUUCAUCACCUGAAGAGUAUGCUAAAGCCCUCAAGGAUGGACAGAUAGCCGCAGCAUUUCUUGAAGCUCCUUUUGCGAAAUUAUUCCUUGCGAAGUACUGCAAGAGCUUCAUGGCAGCUGGGACGAGUUACAAAGUCGGAGGAUUUGGAUUCGUAUUUCCAAGGGGUUCUCCAUUGCUCCAUGACGUAUCUGAAGCUCUUUUGAAUGUGUCUGAGAGUGGUAAGCUAAGGGAACUAGAGAAUAGUAUGCUGUCAUCUGAAAAAUGUGAGGAUACAGAAACAGAAGAUGAUGAAACUUCAAGACUGAGCCCUAGUAGCUUUUGGGUGCUUUUCAUUAUAACUGGAGGGACAUCAACGUUUGCAUUACUGGUUUAUAUGCUUCAUCGCAACUGGACCUUCCAUGAUUCUACCUCUGAACACAAAACCAUCUGGAGAUUUUUCAUUGCUAUAAUGAAACUGUGGCGGCAGCAAACCCGAAAACUUCCGCGAAAAGUCAGUGAUGUAGAACUUCCUAGAGGCUCUCCUAACAUCGAAAUUUGACAUUCCAGGCCAUGACUUAGAUUGAAGAUGCAAUUUUGGAAGACCCCCACAGAUCCUAGCUAGCUACCACAGUAGAAGAUGAAUUUCAGAAAGGCACCUUAGUUGUCACCAUGUUAAACCAGAGUUUCAAAACCAAGAUUUACCACUUGUUGACAGAAUAUAUGUAAGAGGAUUAUGAAAUGAUUAUCUAAUA